AUGAAGGAUGUCGAAUACGUGUACCAUUCUAAAGCCAUUCACUGGGAGCCCUCGCCUAUCGAGAUGAUCAAUGGUCACAAUGCGGAGGAGUAUUUGACCAGUUUCGUCAGAAAGCAUUCGCCGGGCAACCUCGAUCCGCACGCAGAUUGGAACUCCUUGAUGUAUAGUCCCGCACAGGCCAUCUCCGGUGGUGCAGGACUUCUGCAGAGCUUGGUACUCUAUCCUGGCGAUACCAUCGAAUUGAUGCUCGAGAACGACACGGUGCUCGGCCCGUUGCCGUUCAAAGCACUGUACAUGGAUGGUGGACCGACCGGCCCACUGGAGACUGGUGGAGACUUCUACAACUUCUUCGUUUUGGGUUAUUACCCGGAAGGAUUUUACGAAGAGAAGAUUAAGCCCUUAUUGGAUACUAAGGAAGACGAACCCGAAGACGAACCCGAAGACGUGAACGACGGUGGGGAAUGGACGGAUUGGGAGCCGAAGGUGUCAUCAGGACCUCUGCCGAGCGGGUGGACCGCGGUAGACUCAGCAUGGCCUAGCCCGAAUCUGCUACAAGCUGGCUUUGAUGAUGGAACUGCCGCAGUCGUAUCUGGUAAGUUUGGUUCCACCUAA